AUGUCCAAGGGGCUUCUCCUCCUCUGGCUGGUGAUGGAGCUCUGGUGGCUUUAUCUGACACCAGCUGCCUCAGAGGAUACAAUAAUAGGGUUUUUGGGCCAGCCAGUGACUUUGCCUUGUCAUUACGCCUCUUGGUCCCAGAGCGGCAACAGUAUGUGCUGGGGCAAAGGUACAUGUCCCAGUUCCAAGUGCAAUGCAGAGCUUCUCCGUACAGACGGAGCAAGAACCAUCUCCAGGAAGUCGAAAAAAUAUACACUUUUGGGGAAUGUCCACUUUGGUGAUGUGUCCCUGACCAUCUCAAACACCAAUCGAGGUGACAGUGGGGUGUACUGCUGCCGUAUAGAGGUGCCUGGCUGGUUCAAUGAUGUCAAGAAGACUGUGCGCCUGGAGCUGAGGAGAGCCACAACAACCAAAAAACCAACAACAACCACCCGGCCAACCACCACCCCUUUUGUGUCCACCACCCCUUAUGUGACCACCACCCCUUAUGUGACCACCAUCCCUUAUGUGACCACCACCCCAGAGCUGCUUCCAACAACAGUCAUGACCACAUCUGUUCGCCCAACCACCACACCACCCCAGACACUGGCCACCACUUCCUUCAGUACAGCAGUGACCACGUACCCCUCAACAACGCCUGACUCCUUCUCACAAGAAACCACAAAAGGGUCUGCCAUCACUACAGAAUCAGAAACUCUGCCUGGAUUCAAUCACUCUCAAAGAAGCAUGAUGCCCAUAUCUACAAACAUAGCCUUACUCAGGCCCACAGGGUCUAACACUUGGAUUCUCCCAUCCACUUCACAGCUGACGGCACAGAAAACAACAUUAACAACAAGUGAGUCUUUGCAGAAGGCAAGCAAAUCACAUCAGAUCAACAGCCAACAGACCAUCUUGAUCAUUGCCUGCUGUGUGGGAUUUGUGCUGAUGGUGUUCUUGUUUCUGGCGUUUCUCCUUCGAGGGAAAGUCACAGAAGCCAAUUGUUUGCAGAGACACAAGAGGCCAGACAACACUGAAGACAGUGACAGCGUCCUCAAUGACAUGUCACACGGGAGGGAUGAUGAAGAAGGGAUCUUCACUCUCUGACUCACCAUCUUUAUUUAGGAUUAAGGAUAGGGAAUGGCACUUGAAGUGUCAAAAUAAGUUUGGGGACAUUGUAGUUUUGGUUUAAAGCCUCACUCUGUUUACUGAUGCUGUGGGUUCUGUCUGGUUGUGUCUUCCCACAUGAAGGAGCUUUAGAGACACAUCUUCCCUGCCUCGUGCUUUAGUCCUCUUUGUAGUUUUGAGGCUAGAUGACUUUUCACAGUGGGCUUGAACACUGUCAGUGAUGGCGGAAAUCAUUGCCACAGCUUUGGGAGUCUCUUCCAGUCUCCCAGCAGUAGAGGGAGGGUAGAAAUAGCCAAUGGAAAAAAUCCCUCUUUUCAAACAGUAGCUGAACUUCAUUUACACAGAGCUCUUUUAACCUGUCAUCUGUCUUCUUCUUGGUAUCUAAGCUGACUUUUGUUUUUGUUUUUGUUUUGUUGUUAUGAUGUUAACUUCUCUUCAUAUUCAAGUGUCUUUAAAGUUGACUACAGUGCCUUCUGAACUCCUGCCAGAGACUUUGGGUUUUGGAAGCUGCCUGGUACCCAACACAGCAGGGGUGCCAAUGACAAGGAUCCUGUGCAAAUGAAACACUGAAGCGAUCCAAAUAAAUUCCUCCAAGUGUAAUUCAUUUUACUGCAGCACAGGAAGAACAAAUUUGUUUUAAAAGUUUAAUAAUUAAUGCCAUUAUGAACCCUGGGAGAGAA